AUGCCCUCACUUGUCUCGUCACCAGGAACGUCCACAAUGCAGACCGACAACGUUCAUGAACCCAGCAGUGCAUUCGCCACUCCGCCUACCCAAUCCACUUCGAGCUUCGCUAGCGGCUCGAACACGCCCUCUCAUCAGAUUCGUCUCAACGGACAGAGCUCAGGCAUUGGCGAGUCGCCCGCUCCGCACUCUUCGCGUCCUUAUCACAGCUCGUCACAUGCUUCUCAAUCCAACGGUGCCGGUACCGGCAAGGACAAAAAGUGGAAGCAGAUGUUCAAAUUCGGCUCGAUUGGUAGAAAGGCCAGCGGAAAUGCAUCUAACGAUCGCAGCUGGCACACCGAUUCGGCAGAGUCGAGCAUGCACAAAAAUGGCGACUACUUUGAGCAUGUCCAGUACACCGGCUCUCAGCCCGGUUCUACGUCGUUUCAGCCCAUCAGCGGUUCCACCGUGGUCAAUGACCCUGCCUCCUUCUCCAAUGACAGCUACUCGUCCGAGGAUCGUAACGCCUCUGGUUCUAUCGGCGAUGCCAUGACCACCUCUGCCUCAAGCAAGCUCCAGCCGCCAGCCGACAUCAGUGACACUGACUCGUCCCAUCCCAGAUUCACCUCUCGUCUCAUGAGACGUGUCUCGAGCGCGCCGGACACCAACAAGCUCUUCAAGAACGGUCAGAAUGCUACUCAAAAGCCCAAUGAGGCUGCUUCUUCCACCAAGAAUGGUUACCUUUCUCCUGACGGAGCUGGCGGUCAACACGCCCAGUUUGUUUCCGAGGGUGGCGCGCCCUUCACUCCUUCCAAGGAGCUUGCAAACGCCGCCUUCUUCUCCAACUCGCCCGUGCGGAUGGAUAGCAAUGCUACGUCCUUCAGCUACAAGGAUUUCGAAAAGGGUCGUUCCGUCAGCGCAAAAGGUUCUUCGACACCCAAAUCAGGUCGAAUCGUCUUUCCUGGUACCGGUCGAUCCAAGAGCUCCAACGGCAAAGAUAAAAAAUCACAGCUCCCACCACCAAGCAGUUCCGCCAACCUCGCUGCUCUUGCAGGAACCGCUUCCGUCAAUCGCGGGCCCGGCAGCUUCCGACGUACCUACUCGAGCAACAGCAUCAAGGUUAAGGAGGUCGAGGUGGGACCCAACAGCUUCAGCAAGGUCAAGAUGCUCGGCAAAGGCGAUGUUGGCAAAGUCUAUUUGGUGCGUGAAAAGAAGACCGACAAGUUGUACGCCAUGAAAGUGCUCUCCAAGAAGGAGAUGAUCAAGCGCAACAAGAUCAAGCGUGUCAUGGCCGAACAAGAGAUCUUGGCUGCGUCCAACCAUCCUUUUAUCGUCACCCUCUACCACUCGUUCCAGUCGGAAGAUUACCUCUACCUCUGCAUGGAAUACUGCAUGGGUGGCGAAUUCUUCCGUGCGCUCCAGACUCGUCCGGGCAAGUGCUUACCAGAGGAAGACGCCAAAUUCUACGCCGCCGAGGUGAUUGCUGCCCUGGAGUAUCUCCACCUUAUGGGCUUCAUCUAUCGCGAUCUCAAGCCCGAGAACAUUUUGCUUCACCAAAGCGGACACGUUAUGCUUUCCGACUUCGACCUUUCAGCCAGAGCUACCCAGCGCGGUGGUGCUCCGGCCAUGAUCCGACAAGCUACGCCCAACAGCGCACCUCUGGUCGAUACCCGAAGCUGCAUCGCCGACCUGCGCACCAAUUCGUUUGUCGGCACAGAAGAGUACAUUGCUCCCGAGGUGAUCAAGGGGUGCGGCCACACUUCGGCGGUCGAUUGGUGGACGUUGGGUAUCUUGAUUUACGAGAUGAUCUUUGCCACGACACCGUUCAAGGGCAGCACACGUAACGAGACGUUCUCCAAUGUGCUGCGCAAUGAGGUACAAUUCCCAGACUCGAUCCCCAUUUCGUCAUUUGGCAAGUCGCUGAUUCGCAAGCUGCUCAUCAAGGAUGAACUGAAACGUAUGGGCUCUCAAUCGGGUGCGUCCGAAGUCAAGCAGCACAAGUGGUUUUCCAACAUCUCGUGGGGCUUGCUGCGCAACUCGACGCCUCCCAUCGUUCCAGCCUAUUCUAACGGCGUCGAUGCCGUCAACUUCCGCAACGUGCGCGAAAGCCGUAGCUUGAACCUCGACGACCAAGGCAACGACACAAGAGCCAAGCCGGCCGUGAUCAAGGCUGUCGCGGGCCAGAAGAACGUCGGCGACGAAGAGGGCGACGCUGUUGUCAGCAACCCCUUCAGCGGCUUUUCAAGCGUCACACUCAAGCAUGAUGACUACUGA